CCAAAUUAGAUGCAAGCUUUUCGAUUGAAGCAGUUUUUGCAUCAAUAAGCAAUGAAAACCAGCCAUAAAUUUCCCUCAAACAUGUAGCAUAAUUACCUGCACGCCGGAAAUAGCAGACAAAUUAAAAUCUCCAAUAAAACACGGAUCACAGAAUUUCUGGUUUCAGUUUCGUCUUAUUUUCAAUCAACGUUUGGUGUCAAAUCAACAUUAUUGAUCUCGUCUGUGCAUUUUGCGAGUACUUUGUUUCAACUUAUUUAUCACAUUUUGCUCUGCAAUUUUAGUUUUCAAACUCCAUUUGGGUGUCGCAAAACUCGAGUCAAUUAAGAGUUUUGGGUCUCACGUCGCUUCUUACAACCUACUUUAUCCUUCUCGAAAAAAGAAUCGUUCUAGUUUAUAGAAUCCUUGGCUUUCCUUAUCCAGCAAAAAAAAAUUUAGCCCAUAAUUUGCCUUUUUGGUUUUUUAAAAGUUUACCUCGGCAUGACAAAUGAGAAAACCAAUUUAUCUGUUCACGCUUGGAUAAACUAUCUGAGCCAGGGAAACAAAGCGAUAGCCGACAAAGCCGAAAACAACAAAGAUGACACGAACAUUGAAACAGAAACGAAGCAUAGAACGAAGAGCCGGGAAGAUCCUCCGAAGUCGGCUCGAAGACCUCGGAUUCGUUCGGCUAGCAGUCGGAAUUUUUCACAAGAAGCCAAAAUUGCACUUCAAGAUUUGGGUUUUGAAACAGACGAAGGUAAAUCGAACGUGGGUAAUUCAAGAGCCGUAUCACCGGCACAAUUUUUUGCCCCGUCAGAACCCGAAGAUUCGCCUCGGCAAAAUAUCGUAGACGACUUAAAUACCAGCCGAAACUCAGUGCCAAAAAGCGACACAGAUAGAUCCAAAUCGAUAAACACGACACGUAGCAAAACGAAUGAUCAACUGAGUUCGAAUCGUGAACACUCGAUGCCGCCUCCGCUUUCGGACAGAGAACGAAUUUACGUUCCGCUGGAGGCGAGUUACAGAUCGGAAUUGCGAAAAAUAACGAGCCGAAUGGGAGUCGAACUCGAUACUUUCAACUCGAUAAACUGCCCUCAUAUGCUGAAAACGCGACAAGGUGUUUCGUCAUCACCAACAACCCCGUUUCGGAAAAGCUCAAUUUCGUCAAUCACCGGGAAAAAUCGAACGCCACAAAUUUACGCCAAUUUGCCUUCCUGCACGAGAUGUCGACAGCAAUACUUUUCAGCUUGUUUACAAAAUAAACCGACAAAUCCGAAGUACCCAAUCGUCGAUCCGACUUACAGAAGUACGACUUCGGCGCCGAGAAAUGUUCUCGCGUUCAAUACGAGCGUGCCUCGGCGAUCGUUUGUUGAUGUUUUGCCGAGCGGGAAACAAGCCGACGCCAACAAUGUGUUCAACAGAUCACAAUCGGCGUCGCCGGCCAGACGAUUCCAGCGUUCGGAAACGAGAGCCGACGUCUCAACUAGGAAACACUCCACAAAUUUCCGAACGCCGAAUCAAACCAAACUCGUAGAGGGCGAAAAUCGACAGUUGUCACCAUUAAAAUAUCAACAAAACGCAAACAGCAAACAUCGAACAACAGUUAUUACAAAGAAAAACAUCAACAAUCAACCGGCUACUCCGAAACAACUCAGCCCAAUUAUUCAACGAAAAACAUCGGCUAAAAGUGGCCAAGCGAAGACCAAAAAGUCAAACGAGGAUGUGGUUGACAAUGGAAAAAUUUUCCCAAAUAGUUCUACUAGCAGAAAGUUCGACAAAACGAAUGCAAAAUUAGAUGAAAUUGAGCGAUUGAAGCUGCGAAAUGACAAAUCAAAAGGUUUUAGUUCUGCCAAACAAAGUAAUGAUCGGUUAAAAGUUAAAUCAGUUAUUUAUGACCGGAGAUUUGAGGAGUGGAAACGGCCUUGGGAAGAAAACGGAGAAAACGAGGAAUAUAUAGUUGAAGAAAUUCCAGAGGAACUUAAGAAACAAUCUGUGACUAAAUGCAAAGAGUGGCUUGCUCUUUGGUUUUCAACUCAAAGCUAAUAACUUGAUUAAUUAAUAAAAUCAAUGAAGUAAAUCAUGA